UUACAAAUCGAUAUUUUUAUAUUGCUAAAAGACCAUAAUUUUUUUUAAAUGUUAUCCAUGUUUCCAAACAAUAUAGAUGUAUAGUGUUAUUCUUGUUUCCAAACAAAUCUAAAAUGUACUUCAGUUUUAAUAAUAUAGAUAAUUAAAAAAUCAUUACAACCCACUUAAGAGACACUAAUGAGUUUCACCAAUAAACAUGGCCUUAUGGUCUGAGUUCACGAAUAGUUCUAUUGUCGCGAGUGAGAUCGUUUAUGCAUGUCCGUUGAAUGCUCUUUUAACUUUCAAACAUUUAGUAGUAUAAUUCUAAAGAAAACGAAUGUUUCAAAGUUUCAAAAACUCAUUGUCCACAUAUGACAAGAUAUUAUAUAUAUAAAAAACAAAAUUACCGCAAAGGCGACCGGUUCCACGGGUAACCAACCUAACACCCUUUUCUUAAAUUUCGUCGACGCGUCUAAGUUUAUUUAUAUAUAUUCAUUCAUUUCAGACAAUAUGAGAUUAAUCCGCCUCGAAAUCGAGUUUAUGACUUUGACCUGUUAAAACAAAACAAACAAAUAACUCUGAUCUUUUUUUUGUCCGGGGAAGUUAUGGACCGUUCUACGCCGACACAUAACUCUUCAAACAAGGGUCUAAGCGUGAGCUAUCUCGUCUCUCUAAUGGUACUCUGCGCCAGGCACGCGAAUCGCCUCUCCAAGAAGCUAAAGCCCAAGAAGCGAACUCGCUACGAAAACUUCGGCGGCCGAUGGAAUAUGGCGAGCUCGCCGAUGAGAUUUAAGGCUGAGAAGGAGAAAACGGCGGCGAUGGAAGAGGAGCAGCAUGGCCUUUGGCAGAGAGAGAUUUUGAUGGGCGGAAAAUGUGAGCCGUUAGAUUUCUCGGGAGUGAUUCACUACGACCGUAAUGGACGGCAGUUAAGAGAGAUGCCACCGAGGUCUCCACGUGGCACUCCGUUCCCAGUUCUUAAGACGGGUCGCCGUGAACGGGUCACCGUUGGACAUGAUAGGAACUAAUGAUUUUGAAGCAGUAAACAUAUUAUGUAUAGGAAGCAUGUUAUUGUGAUGUCUUUAUAUUCUAAGUUAUGUUACAACAUUUAAACUUGGAUAGGCCACUAAAGUUUUAGGGUUCAAAGUCCAAACUAACAUGCCAUACUAAUAUACUCUUGCUACUUCAGUUGCUGCUGUGUUAAGCUUUAAUGUUUUCUAAUCUCGUUCAUGUUUUACUUUUACCAUAUAUCGAAACUAUCCGUAGACUGCGUUCGCCAACUUUCGAUCAUAGCAUAUUAGCAUAGAGCCAGGAACUGAAAACAGCUUUUCCUUUUGGUUUGUUUAUUUAAAUUGUAGGCAAAGAUAAGAGUUUUGUUGGCUCGAUUAAAGUUUGGUUGUUCAUUUUAAUAUUGACUCGAUCCGCUUUAUUUAUUUAAUUUGACGUAGUUCAGUUUGACUCGGUUAUGUGUUGAAACUGAAAAUGCUAUUUAUACUUUGCUUAUCAAGAACAAGACAGCGGUGAGUCCGAUGGUUCUUGACGCCGGUGAGGCCUCUGGCCGCCGGCGUCAAGUUCGUGUUCGUCCUUCUCGCUCUCUUUUUCAUCUCGGUUGUGUCUCCAUCUUAUGCUCAAGCUUCUGGGUCGUUUCCGCCGUCUAUGUCGCCACGCUUGUUCUUCUCGACGUCGCCUCCCCGUAUGAUCCUCUUCUAGUCACAGCUCCUCGCCGCAGGCCGAGAGGGAGAACCAUAUCUGCUCAACCCGUGAGGAAGCUCGAGCUCACCGGAUCUGUAAGUCCUUUCACUUACGCUGUGCUUCCUAGCUCUACACGGCCAAAGCUUCUCCUAAGUCAACUAUUUCUCUAGCUGGAACGAGUCAUCUCCGGAAAUGAAGCCAUGGCCACACUAACCUCUCACCGUCGAGACUCGCCAGAUCUACCGUCGUCACGUUUCCGGGAGGGAUUCAACUUCAGCAACUCAUCCUCUCAAGAGCUAAUGAGUUCGGAUAAGCUCAGCUUGGGUUUUGUUCUUGUCCGUGCAACGCCUUUUCCAGAUCUGUGCACGACAUUGCUUAAGAAGAACUCCACCGCCUCAGUCUGCGGUCUUGAACCCACCAGAGAGGUCCCAUUAUUCGGAUGCUCCCGGAAAUCUUCACCCCUCGACUUUCACUCGGUUUGUUCCCCUCUUCUUCGAUCCAGAUCCGCUACCACAGUUGAGUGUAAAGAGCUCUCUGUAAAAGGUUUCGCUCCUCCUCCCAUACUGCAAGUCACCACCGCCACCCACAUAGUCGUGAUGCUCUUCACUCUCCCGCCGGAGAUGGUUCCCACUAUCUCCGUUGAAUCUUUUGUGUCCGGUCCGCGACUGUUACUCGAUCUCAUCCAACCCCUAUGUCGCAUCGCUGAGACUCUACAGGGCUUUGACCAUCUUUUGGGCUUUGGUUUGUUCGCAGAAUCUUCUGUCGUGAAGUUUUCGUUUAAAGCGACGAUCCCUCCAAAGAUUUGUCUCAGAUUUAACAUUGUUCUAGUCAACUGCCACAAUGUCUCCUUAAUCUAUUGUGCAAAAGUGUGGAUUCGCAUGA